CACGCGACACAGAGCGCCAGCAGCUGUCCUGAUGCAAGGACACGGAAACCAUAUUACAUCAGUCACCAGUUAACAUUCACUCAAGAAGGACUACCGUGCUAAAAGUACACCCGCAUUCGCCACCAGUUUUUCUCCCGCCCACAAAAAGCCACGAAUUAAAAAACUUAAUUAUGGCCGCCUUAAGCUUCAGCCCAUCACCUCCUCCAAAAGAAAACCCCAAGGAAAACCCCAAUCCAGGAAUAAAAACCACGUUGAAACCGUUUGGAAAGAUCACCGUUCACAAUGUUUUAAGUGAGAGUGGCGCCAACGCCUUGCAACAGCAUAUAGCCAAUCAGAAUACCAUUAUUCGAAAGAUCCGGGACUUUGGCAUGCUGGGCGCUGUUCAAAGUGCCGCAGCCAGCACAACUAACACCACACCCAUACCCAGCCAACGGAAGAGGCCCCUGGGAGAAUCCCAAAAGCAGAACCAGCAGAAUCAACAGCUUAGUAAAACAUCAGUGCCUGCUAAAAAAUGCAAGACCAACAAGAAGUUGGCGGUUGAAAGGCCCCCAAAAGCAGGAACUAUAUGCCACCCUAAUAAAAGCCAAGGCGAUCAGAGUUUUGGAACUCCUGGAAGAAAGGGUUUGCCUUUGCCACAAGCCGUUGCCCGUAGAAACGCUAGGGAAAGAAAUCGCGUGAAGCAGGUUAAUAAUGGAUUUGCUUUACUCCGGGAGAAGAUUCCGGAAGAAGUAUCUGAGGCUUUUGAGGCCCAGGGGGCGGGUAGAGGGGCAAGCAAGAAGCUAUCCAAAGUGGAGACCCUCCGCAUGGCCGUAGAGUACAUAAGAAGUUUGGAAAAACUGCUGGGAUUCGAUUUUCCACCUCUUAACAGUCAGGGGAAUAGUUCUGGUUCCGGCGAUGAUAGCUUUAUGUUUAUUAAGGACGAAUUCGAUUGUCUGGAUGAACAUUUCGACGACUCGCUGAGCAACUACGAAAUGGAGGAGCAACAGCCUGUCCAGCAAACUUUAUCCGAGGAUAUGCCAAACCCUCCGCAAGCCAGUGAUCUCCUGCCUAGUUUGACUACAUUGAAUGGGUUGCAAUACAUCAGAAUACCAGGAACCAACACCUACCAACUGCUGACGGCUGACUUAUUGGGCGAUUUGAGUCACGAGCAGAAACUUGAAGAAACAGCUGCUUCGGGCCAGUUAUCGCGAUCGCCCGUGCCACAAAAGGUGGUAAGAAGUCCCUGCUCUUCUCCAGUUUCACCUGUCGCCUCGACUGAAUUGCUGUUACAGACACAGACGUGUGCCACACCGCUACAACAGCAAGUAAUCAAACAGGAAUACGCCAGCACCAACAUUAGCAGCGGCAGCAACGCACAGACUUCCCCGCAGCAGCAGCCGCAAGUUCAGAACCUGGGAUCGUCGCCUAUUUUACCCGCGUUCUACGACCAGGAGCCCGUGAGCUUCUACGACAACGUAGUCCUUCCCGGAUUCAAAAAGGAAUUCAGCGAUAUUUUGCAGCAAGAUCAGCCUAACAACACAACCACUGGCUGCCUAUCGGACGAGAGCAUGAUCGAUGCCAUUGACUGGUGGGAGGCACAUGCACCUAAAUCUAAUGGUGCAUGCACCAAUCUGUCCGUUUAGCCGAAUUUCUGCACAUCACGCAUCUCUGAAAAGUCAAUUACUUUUUUUGGCAUACUUUUUAAAUGAUUUUAAAUCCUCACAGCAGAAGUCUGUGGCAGGCCAUUCUAUCUAAAGUUUUUUUUAAUCAAGCCGUGACUGAGUCAUUGUGUAAAUAUCAAUUUAAGCCGAUAAAGGAAGAUAACUUCGGCCAGCCGAAGCUUAUAUACCUUUGCUGUUAAAACCAUGUAUUUAAUAUGAAAGUUCGCACACUUUCGAUGAAGUUUAACACAUUUAUAUGCAGCUAUAAGAUAUAAUCGUCCGAUUUCAACAAGUUUUGUAUAUUCUCCCAAUUCUUUAAAAUAUAUGUACAUUUCUGACUCUUGCUAUGUAACUUGUACGUAUGACUGCUAGUCCGAAUACCAGUAUUGCAUUUUUCUGCAUUUUUCUUUUACAUCACCAGACAUGCCGGUGAUCAUGAAUAUUGCUGCACUGCUACCUUCAGACAUAUUAUAAUAUCUUCUGCAAGAGUGUGACAAACUGAAUGUAUGAACACUACAUAUUCAAAGUCAACUAGUGAUAUAAACCAAAUCGAAAUAACCUUGUAAGACCCAACCACAAAAUAGUUAUCCUGAUAAACGGCUUAAUGUUGAGCCGGACUAACAUAGUGUCUAGUAUUUAAAAAAAAAUUAUGUAUUUCUAUAACCAUAUUUUUUUUAUAGAUUUAAAUGUAGAAACGUUAAAAUGACAAGCAGAUAAUAUAUAUGCUUUAUGCUUUUAAAUAAAUCCAA